AUGACUCUGAAAAAUUCAGUACCCAUCCAAUACUCUACUGAAGCUUCUUUAAUUAAUAGCAAAAUUCUUGAUCUGGACUUAGUGGAUCUGGGUUUCACUGGUUGCCUAUUUACUUGGUCAAACAAAAGAAAAGGCUUUGCUCUUACUGAACAAAGACUUGAUAGAGGGUUGGCAACUGAAAGUUGGUUACUCCUAUAUCCUAACACUACCAUCUCUAGCAUGUUGGUCAUUGGGUCUGACCACCAUCCUAUAUUGCUUAAUUCCAAUCCCAAUUGGAAGAAUGACAACAUCCCCUUCAAGUUCUUUGGUCCUUGGUUAUAUCAUGAGGACUGCAAGAAAAUCAUAGAAGAAUGCUGGAACAAAACUCACUCUGGGUCUAAUGCUUACAUCAUUGCCAGAAGAUUAAAGGAUAUCAAGCUUCAAAUCAGAGUGUGGAAUAAGGAAGUAUAUGGCAACAUCAAGACUAAUAUAGAAUAA